GGAGGAGAUGCUAACGGGGGGGGGGAGCGGGGGAGGGGGCGGCGGCGGGGGCGGGAGGGGGAAGGGGCCGGCGGGAGCUGCUCUCGUCGGCUCGGCGGUCGCGGCGCCCGCAGUCUGGAGGCGCACCGGAGCGGCCGGGGCGCCCCCCGCGGGAGCCCGCAGCCACCCGGGACGCGCAUCCAGCCGUGGCGCUUCGGGCCGGGCACGCUGCGCCCAGGGGCUCCGCGAACCCCGCGCAGCCGCCGCUUCGGAGCUUGUGCCGCGCGGGCUGGCCGGCGGGGCGGCCAGGGCCCGGCCCGCCUCCCCAGCGCCCGCCCGGCUUCUCCCCCUGGCGGUGGGAGCCUCGGCGGCCGCCGGCGACACUAGGCGCACUGGAGCCCGAGCCGAGCCGAGCCCGAGCCGCCGCCGCCGCCGCCGCUACUGCGCGCUGCUCCCGGGCUCCCUCCCAGCGCGCGGGCCGGGGUGUGGGGGACGGCGGGCUGGAGGGGCGAGGGCGGGCCAGGGGGCGCACUCGGGGGUUGGCGCCGAAGACCGGACCCUCAGCCGCGAGGGCCCCCUAUACAGGAGCCGUGCACCCCAGAUGAGGAGCUCGUGGCGGAAGGAGGAGGAGGAGCAGGAGGCCCUCUCUUGAAGACCCUCACGCUGUGACCCAGCUCAUUUGUUUAAAUAUUUAUCCUCACGUCAGCAGCUGUACUUUUCAGCUCAGUGGAACAAGACGCCUAAGCAAGGUCCAGUUUCCCCAAAAGGCUGGGGGCAAAGUGGAAGAGAUGAGGAUUUUAUUGACAGGGGACUUGGGAGAGAAGAGGCCAGGGAACCUUCCUAAGUGGAGAAUGAAACUCAAAAAAUCUCUACAAAAAGACUAGGGUGGCUAGAGGCUCACGAUCGCAGGCUUAGGAGAAAGAGACUGGAACUCCAUCAACUUUAUUUCUCUCCCCCUGCCUCGCCUUCCCCCAGCUCUGAGGAAGCUAACAGGUCUUUUGUUUUGUAUUGUGUUGCCUUUGGGAAAUUUGCAUUGAGUAUGUCAACAGAAAAUUACUACUGUUUACUGAAAGUUAAAGGGAUUGCAGAAAGAGAAAACAUAGUUUUUACUUUUCCUCUUCUUUGUACGCGUGUGUGUAUUUGGCAAGAAGUGUAGUUAGGUUCAUGGCUUGAACUACAACACGUCAGGUUGCAACAAUGACUGUAGAGCUGCCUAGGUGUAUUUUUAGAAGCCGCUCUUUCUUGAAUUCCUUUCACACAAGUCUUGCUCUCUCAUUAAGUCCCCAGAAAUAAUUUUAUUUAGAGAGAAGGAAGCUAUGGAAGCAGGAGGGAGAUUGCUAAGAUUUCCAUCCUGCCAGCGCACAGCACUGUUUGCAGGGAAGUUCCUGGAAAGUGAUUGUGGGCUGAGAAUUCAGUUUUUCCUAAAAGCUCUGUUAGGUCCUGUUGUGUCAGAUGGCUAUGAAUAAAGCACACUGGGAAAAUCCUGAUAUCCGUGCAUUCUUAUUUUAUCUUUUACACAGUGGCUGAUUCGACUUUCAAGCCCUGGUGACAAACACAUCAACUGUGCUGUAUUUUUGUGUGCUUUUUCUAAAUAAAGGAGAAUACAGCAUGUAUUCAUGCUGCUUUUUUCCCCCUAUCAAUGGUUACUGAAUUCUCUGGAAUUUAUUCAUCUUUUAAUGCAUCAUUUUAUGCAGAGACCAUAAUUCCAAACAUAUAAGAAUUUUUUAAAAUUAUGAGUUAGGGUUUUUUAGAGAACCUACCCUCCUUUUAAAAGACACAAUGCCCACCACAACUCCUAGUUCUGUAAAGCAAAACAAAAAUGUAUAAAUGAUUGUAAUGAGCAAAACAUAGUAAAACGUUUUCCUUCUUGGAUCACUUUCUGCCCCCACAGGUCCCAGGAGACAUUAAAUCCUCCUGCCUUAAUUUACCAAAAUGCUGAAUUUCCUAACCAGUAACAAUUUCUGUGUCUGAGAAAGACAUCAGGUUUGGAAUGGAAAAAAAAAACCACAUUCUCAGUAUUUAAUUACUGCUUAACAGUAAUUUAUGGUAGCAGGCAGUUGAUUUUCCAAUUCUGAAAGCCUGAAAUGAAGCUGAACAGAAAUUUGAAAUUUUUGAAAAAGAUUUGGUUUUCUUCUUUUUUACACACUUGUAUACUCAUCUGCUCCCCCAAGUUAUCAGCCAAGCCCAUAUAACUGAAAGUAUGAUAUGGUCCCCUGAGUUGAACCAAGAGAACAUUUUGCCCCUCAUUUUUUGAAUUUGCUUUUUCCUCUAAAUAGUCUUGUAUAGAGAGCUCAUGGGCUUUAUUGGAAUAUAGCAUUAUGUAAUUCUGGGUGCAGUGCAUUAAAUAACAUGUUUGAUAAACUCUUACGUCAGCCUUACACCUCCGCAUAGUAGGGAUUUAUUAAAUAUUAAGAUGUUAAUAAAAUAUUGUCGUUGGCCACAAAUUUCAUAGCACAAGGCUAAGAUCAUUUUUUCAGAAGAAAGGGGCAUUUAAUCCAAAAGUUACUUGGUUGUUACGGUCUGAAUGUUAGCGUUCCCCAAUAUUAGGGCUCAUAUAUUAGAAACUAAUAUCAAAAGUGAUAGUAUUAAGAAGUAGGGCCUUUGGGAAGGGAUUAAGUCAUGAGGUCUCCACCCUCAUGAGUGGGAUGAGUGCCUUCAUAAGACAGGCUGAGUCUAGCUACCUUGCGCCUUCCACUGUGUGAGGACACAGCAACAAAAGUGCCAUCUGUGAAGCAAGGAGUGAGCCUUCACCAGACGCUGAAUCUACUGGUGCUGUAAUCUUGAACUUCCCAGCUUCCAGAAUGAGCCCCUUGGUGACCAGGCAAAAUGACAGUUCUCUCCAGCUGGUUCUCAGAUGGGCACAUCUAUUAGCCUCUGCUCUCGGAAGAAGUUAGCUGCAGAACCCGCAUGUGAAUCCUUAUAGGACUCUGGAGAAGAUCAAAUGGGAGCUUGGAUGUGGAAGCUCUUUGGAAACCGAGAAGCACUCUAUAAAUGAAAAGG